UGCGCAGUGGGGCGGCGCGGAUCGUGGAGGCCAUGGCGGCGAUGGACGCGGGGAAGAUGGCGUCCCCCAAAAGCGUCCCCAAGGAUGCUCAGGUGAUGGCACAGAUUCUGAAAGACAUGGGGAUUACGGAGUAUGAGCCGCGUGUUAUAAACCAGAUGCUGGAAUUCGCCUAUCGAUACGUGACCACCAUCUUGGAAGAUGCCAAGAUCUAUUCGAGCCAUGCGAAGAAGUCCAGCGUGGAUGCAGAUGAUGUCAGGCUGGCCAUCCAGUGCCGGACAGACCAGGCAUUCACCUCUCCUCCCCCCAGAGACUUUUUGCUAGAUAUCGCAAGGCAAAAGAACCAAACCCCUCUGCCGCUUAUUAAGCCGUACUCCGGCCCGAGGCUGCCACCAGAUCGAUACUGCCUUACAGCACCGAAUUACAGGCUGAAGUCCCUGCAGAAAAAGGUGGCGGCUUCCGCCGGAAGGAUCACCGUGCCGCGACUGAGCGUGGGCGCCGUCACCAGCAGGCCCAGCACCCCCACUUUAGGAACUCCUUCGGCCCAGGCGAUGUCUGUUUCGGCAAAAGUUGGGACUCCUGUAUCUCUGACAGGCCAGCGGUUCACCGUGCAGAUCCCCACUUCUCAGACGUCAGUCAAAUCAGCGACUCCCACUACCCCCACGGUCCAGAACGUGUUGAUCAACCCGUCCCUCAUCGGGUCCAAAAACAUCCUCAUAACCACCAACAUGGUGUCAUCACAGAGCACCUCGGGCGAGUCGAACCCUUUGAAGAGGAAGCACGAGGAGGAGGAGGAUUACGACGCCCUGUGAAGGGGACUGCCGCAGUCCUGACGUGGCUGGUUCCCUUUGGACUGACGUGGGCGGAUGCCUGUGGAAGGGGGCCACUCCGUUAAGGCUGUGCUCAGGGCGGAACGUACAGGCUGCGCCCUCCCGCUCUUAAGCGCCCCCUCCCUUCUCUCCUGAGACGUGGACACCGCGGGAGGAGGAGCCCUUGCAGUCCCUGGGUAGGGCUGCAGGAAAGCACCCUUGGCAAAGCAGAAAGCGGGGAGCAGCGCCCGCCUUUCCUUUGUGCAGGCGGCUUCCCCAGCAUUGCCCUUGGGCUACCGGAGUGGCGCCCAGGUCUGCUCCAUUUGAGACUGCAGGGGUGGGGUGGGGUGGGGUGGGGGAACGGUGCUUGAAUUGGCUGAGCGGGGAGAAAGCCCAGGUUGGCAGGUGGGUUCCAGAUGUAGCUUUACUUAGAGUAGCUCCGUUGGAAGGAACAGGCCACUGUUCUCAUGCCUAUCGUGUCCCUUUGAUUUUGGUGGGCCUGCUUUAGGCAUGGCCCCAUCCUGCGCUGACCACGGCCUCCGAGGAGGGUGGCGUGAGUUAGCGAGCCCGGAAUUCGGUCCAUUCUGUGCUGAAGUGACGCAUCCCGGCCGUUUGGGAGGGAACGGGCUCUUUCUGGAUGAAGACGAGAGGAAGCAGAAUCCUCAGCAUGAGGGUUUUCUCGUCAGAGGGCCGCUGUGGAAACCCCCGCAGCAUAAACAGGAGAGCGGGGCGGGUGCAGACCACCUAAAUGCAUUUGAGACUGCCAUCCAGUUUGGGCCACGGUGGAUGAUGUGGAAGAGGGCCAGGUGGGGACGGGGGUGUUCCUGGGGUGGCUUCAGAGUGGCGGCAGAGUUGUGUCCAGGGGCAGUUUGGCUUUACAGGAGUAGUUAACAGGUGGGGACCAGUUCCCGAGCUGCCCUUCACCCAAUUUCGGAGUAUGAGAAUACAUCAGAAUCGCUUCUCGUUUGCCACUUAGAUGGCUGCAUUCCCACUGUGAAGGGGUGGUCGUGUCGGUCUGCCUGUAGAAGAAAAAAACCAAAGGCCACACCCCGCUUCUGGCUUCCUUAACCGUUGUAAGGAAAUCUCCGUUUUGCUGUUGUAAUUCUAAGAGGACGUUUUCUUAAAACCGA